AAAAAGAAUCCCAUCUCAGGACCUUUUCAGCACGGGAAUGACGUUAGUCCCAGCGAUGUGGAUGCUGACACUUUCCUUCUGCGUUUCGGUCCCGUUUUUAGUCUUCGCCUGGGUCCUCUACCAAGAGUUCACCAGGGUUCACAUCCCACCCGGAAUCAGCCAAGGGAGAAAACUCUGCUUCAUUCAUUUGUCCAUUAGGAUUUUUUUGAGAGUGGGUGUGAUUCUGCACAAACUUGGCAUCUGCCAUGAAAUGGAUGUUCUGAGGUUCCUGGUCGACAGAAAACUCCCAACGGGGCCCUCUGACCUGAUCGUCAAGGAGGCGUUUUUCGACACGGUGCCCGUCAGGGUCUACGCGUCCAAAUCCUCAAGGGCUGAGAGCCGACGAGGGCUUGUGUGGAUUCACGGAGGAGGAGGGUUGUUUGGAAGCCUUGAAAGUCACAAAAGGCUGUGCCAGUUCUUUGCCCAGGAAAGUGCCACCGUGAUCGUCUGCAUCGGGUAAGGGAGAUCAGCUGAAUUUGCCACACGGGAAACACGGGAGCCCGAUUCACUU